AGAAUCGCUUAAAAUUUUUGUAAAAAGUUUAUGAAGAAUUGUGUUUAGCUUUAAGGAAUGUUAUGGAGUCUAAAAGUUCUAACGAAGCAGAAGCAUCUGUAAUAGCAAAUAACAAAAUUCAUUUUAGCAAAGAAGUCAAGCAUGUUAUCGACAAGGUUCUUAAAUCGGAUGACCCCAUGGAUGCACCCGAUUUUAAUUGCGUUGAUUAUAUCAAUCAAUUAUUUCCGAAUGAGCAAUCUUUGGUCACUAUAGAUGAAACAAUACAACGUAUGCAGUGUGAAGUGUCUUUGAUUGAUGAUAAUAUCCGUUCAGUGGUUAGGGGACAAACAAAUACUGGUCAAGAUGGCCAACUAGCUUUGUGUGAAGCGCAAAAAGUUAUUAGCACUUUGUACGAGCACAUUAUUGACGUUAAAACGCGUGCUGAACGUACCGAAGAAAUGGUGAAAGAAAUUACAAGGGACAUUAAACAAUUAGACUGCGCUAAAAGAAAUCUUACCUCAGCUAUAACUACUUUAAAUCACUUACAUAUGUUGGUAGGUGGUAUAGAGAGUUUGGAAAUUCUAAUUGAAAAGCGUUUGUAUGGGGAAAUUUUAAAUCCUUUGCAAGCGAUCACAGAAGUGAAUCAGCAUUUUCAACAGUAUUCUGACAUCGAGGAGAUUAAGAAUUUAUCACAAAGUGUCGAUAAGAUACAAAUAAGUUUGGCUCACCAGAUAACUGAGGAUUUUAAGGAAGCCUUCUCAGUAAAAAAAAGUAACAACCAUCCGCGUUUGGGUUUUAAUCAGUUGGGCGACGCCUGUAAAGUAAUUUCUGUCUUAGAUCCUAAAGUUAAAAAAGACUUGUUAAAGUGGUUCAUCGCUCAGCAGUUAGAGGAAUACAUACAUUUGUUUCAUGAGAAUCAAGACAUAGCCUGGCUAGAUAAAAUUGAUAAACGUUACGCUUGGUUAAAAAGACAUUUAUUAGAUUUCGAAGAUAAGUUUGGUGCUGUUUUCCCUUUAGAUUGGGAAGUUUCUGAACGAAUAACAGUUGAAUUUUGUCGCCUAACUCGUGAGCAAUUAUCGCAAAUCAUGAGCAAACGAGUAAAUGAAAUAGACGUGCGUCUGUUAUUGUUUGCAAUUAAUAAGACGCAGGCUUUUGAGCAAUUGCUUUCAAAGAGAUUCACAGGUGUGACUCUGGGCAUCAAUAAUGACAAUCAGAACACAUCUUCCUUUACGUCAGGUGAUGGGCAAUUAAUAAAUUCGGCUUUUUUGGUUUUUCAUGAUCAAAUAGGAAGUUGUUUUAAAACUCAUUUAGACAUUUAUAUACGCAGUAUUGACCGCAAUUUGGCUGAGUUAAUAGAGAAGUUCGUCGAACAGGCUAAAGAGCCAUUUAAAGCGGCAGAAGCUAAAAGUACAGUGUACCCGAGUUCAGCCGAUUUAUUUGUUUUUUAUAAAAAGUGUAUGGUUCAGUGUAAUCAAUUAAGUAACGAACAGCCCAUGUACGAAUUGGCUCUCGUAUUUAAAAAAUAUUUACGGGAAUACGCCAGCAAGGUACUGGAGUUUAGCAUACCGAAGCUACUAACUACAUCAACAUCCAUCGGCAAAAGCAUGUCUUUGCUAACUCGAGAUAUGCAAAAUCUUUCCACUGCUGCAGGCCAAGUAAUACACAACUUUCUAAAAGAAGGUGAUGCCCAAAGAUUUUCUAAAGGUGAUCUAAUUCGUAUAUGUUGUGUCCUUACUACUGCUGAGUACUGUUUAGAAACAGUACAGCAAUUGGAAGAUAAGCUUAAGGAAAAAGUUGCCGCCGCUUAUGUUAAUAAAAUCGAUAUGUCCGAGGAGAAAGAUGUCUUUCAUCGAAUUAUUUCUAACUGUAUACAACUUUUGGUCCAAGAUCUGGAAACGGGUUGCGAAAGCUUUUUACAGGCCAUGUCGAAAGUUCAAUGGCAAAGUAUUAGCAAUGUCGGCGAUCAGAGUUCUUUUAUAACCGGUAUGUGUGCAAACUUUAAGCAGACUGUGCCCGUAAUACGCGAUAAUUUGGCGUCGUCCCGGAAAUAUUUUACUCAAUUUUGUCAUAAAUUUGUUAAUGUUUUUAUACCAAAAUACAUUAACGUUUUAUACAAAUGUAAAUUAACUUUGUCCGAUGGCUGUAAUAACGUUUUGGGCUGCGAGCAGCUAUUGCUUGAUACGCAUAGUUUGAAAACGGCACUAUUGGAUUUGCCAAGUAUUGGCUCAAGCGUAAAUCGAAAAGCUCCGACUUCCUAUACUAAAGUGGUUGUUAAGGAUAUGACACGAGCAGAAAUGAUUAUCAAGGUUGUUAUGACACCGGUUCAACCGUCUGCUCAUUUUACACAGCAGGUCUUGAAAUUAUUGCCUGAUAUCACCAUAGCCGAAUAUCAGAAAAUUUUAGACAUGAAAGCAGUUAAACGAGUAGAUCAGUUGCAACUAAUAGAUCUAUUCAAACGUACUGCCUCGACAGCCGCUGCGGCUGGGUUGAGCGAUAACACUGAUUCGAUAUCUACGGAUGCUGACCAGCAAAAUUCUACGGCAAAUGCGCUAGACUCUACCAACGAUAACAUUAAUAUUAUGGCUGAUGCAACGAGCACUGAAAUUUCUACCUAUCAAACGAACCUAGCGGUCAAUGCUACGUCUACACCUAAGCGAGCUUUUAUCUUUAGUGUUGGCAAUUUUACUGGUGCUAAUAGCAGUGCAGGGGAUAAAAAUGCCGAUAACUCCUCUCAAUCUAGUGGCGACCGAGGACGUAUACGCAAAUUGGAAAAUCUCUUGAAAAAACGAUUACCUUAAAUACUCGGUUCGCUUUUGUUUUGCUUUGCAAGAAAAAAUCCCAAAUGGGGAAAUAUAAAACAUUCCAUAAAAAAACAAUGAUGUGACUUAAAUAUAAGAAAUAUUGAUUGUCUGUGGAUGAGAAGAAUGGUAUUUGCGUAAUAAUAGACUUAAUUUUAUGAUAAAAAAUGGCAUUUUUGUUGUUGGGAGCUGAAGAGUGUAUUAUUUGGAAUUUCAAUAAAUCCGUAACCUACGCGUAAUUAUUCCAUGCUCAGUUUUCCGAAUAAAGGUAGCGGGGAGGUAAGAUAAUGUGUUACGUAUCAGGGAAUGGGACGGAUGGGUUCAGUCGAUUUGUUUUUGUACAUGAGCCGAUUUCAGAUGAUUUAUGGAUUGGUAGGAACUGUGACGUGGCUCAAUUCAAUUUUACCAUAAACAAGUUUGUUGCUAUGCUGUCGCAAGUUCUUUUUUUCUUUCUAUUAUUUAUGAUAUUUUUACUCUGAGAAUAUAGGAGCCAAGCAAAGUGUUACUUCCAGCACAUGACUUUUACCGCCGAGCCAUUAAUGUCAAAAGAUCCUUUAUUUGUGAGCAAGAUUCACUUUGUAUAACUGAUUAUAUUUGCAAAUUUUUGCUUUUACCAGGAAACAAAACUGCGACUAAUUUGUUAAAUCUCUCCCAAAAUGCUGUAAAUAUUGUAUGAAUCUUAAUCCCCGGAAAUUUGCUUUGAAAGCUAACCAUACCCAGUUCAUGCAGUUUUAAGACAUUGUUUACUCUAGUAGCAUACAAAUAAAAUAAACAAGUCAGUGGCUUUCUUCUCAUACGUGCUUAUCAUAGCAUAUUACGAUAAGUCACUUAAGUUCAAAGAAUGGGAAAAGGUAAAACCACUAUAGUGGGGGACGGCUCUCCUUAUACCACUCUUUAAUUAUCCAUACAACAAUAAGUUAUAAGUAAGUGAUAAGGCGUUAUUUGGGUAAGGAUCGAAAGACUGGUUUUAUAUGAACCAUCUUCAAUAUAAAAAGAUAAAUAAAUGUAACUUUUCUAAUUAUACCAAUAUUAGCCAUAUUCUUAGGUGUUCUUUCUCUUAUCAAAAAUGAAACUCCUUUAGAUUUUUCAAAAUGAAAUUUACUUUAUAUCAAAAUUCAUAUUUUACUUAGAUAAUUAUGUGGAUUAGUUGAAUAAUUCUUAUUUUAAUUUUUUUACGAUGUCAACUCUCGAUGCGACGCAUAAGAUAAGUUAUAAAAGAGAUUUUCCGAGAAAAGAGAAAAAAAUCUAAUAUAAACUAAAGUUUUUCUAGACUAUGACUAUUGUAUUCACUUAUAUAAAUAUAUGCAAGUUAAGUAAUAUUACAAGAAAAAACAAAAAUUGAAUAAUAUUAAAAAUGUU